UCCAAUUCAGUUCAUUUACCAAAUAAAAAAUGUCGAAGCUGCCACGCAGUGUAUUAUUUGUGCUACUUUCGCUGCUGCUGCUGCAUUGGGGCAUCAUCAUCGUUGAUGCCACCUGUGGACAUUGCUAUGGAUCACACGCCUGCAUCGAUAAUAACACCGCCCAGAUAUGCUUCGAUGGCACUCCAAACGCUUCGUAUACAAUCAAGUGUCCCGACGAUACUCCGAUAUGUACGCAAUACGGACAAAUGUGCGUCAGCACGGACUUGGGUCUGACGCCCGCCUGUGGCGACACCUCGAACUGUGAUCAAUGCGACGAUGGUCAGACUUAUGCCUGCACCACGCGCACCACGUUUGGAUUGUGUGCGAAUGGCACCGUGGUCAAUCCGCAACGUAUUACCUGCCCCAGUGGAUACUUUUGCUCAGUCUCUGGUGCAAAAGAUGGCGUUCCUUGUGUUGCGGGCUGCGAGGCAGCUGAUGUGGAUGUCUGCGACAGGGAAACGGAUUCGAACAGUACCGAUACCUCGACAACCACAACAACAACAGCGCCCACAACGGAGAGCACCACGCUGAGCACCGCGGAUGACAGCACGGACAGCACUACGGAAAGCAGCACCUCCAGCUCUACUUCGAGCACUGCAGCACCAACGGAUGCCACUGCCUUCUGCCAGACCAGCCAGAAAGCUGGACGCUUUGCCAUUCCUAAUGACACCGUUUGCACGAGCUUCAUCACUUGCAGCUAUAAGGCAAGCGCCUGGGUGGGCGCCAUUACGAACUGUCAAGCGGCUAAACCAUAUUUCCUUGCAACUGAUGCAUGUGGCACGGUUCGACCAACUCAACCAGGCUGCCUCUAAUUCCUAUCCUUAAUUCAUUAUUAAAGUGUGAGCACAUUAAUAUAAUAAUAAAUCUACAUAUGUAC